AUGACCAAGAGGUUCAAGCUUUUGAUAUCGAAACCAGAUCCAAGUCUCCAACCUGACUUGGACGAAGAGACACAGAGGGCCUUCAAAGGGAAAGACUCUAUUGUUGAAGCAGUUAUGAAUUGGGAUGACAUAACUGUAGUCGAAUUGCCACCCCAAUAUCCAUAUGAUUGCCUGCAUAAUGGUGAACCUGACAUGAUCUUCCAGAUCGGAAGAGAUGGGAUGAUUCAGGAGUCUGAGGAAAGGAGUAGUCUGAGGCAUUCUUUUCCAGAAAGUCUGGCUACCAGGAAAAAAAAUUAUCAGGAGGAGUUUAGAGCAGACCGACUUCAGGAGCCAACGCAGUGGGAUAUGUUAUUUGAUCCCCAAAUUUCUGAACCAAUGGAGGUCAAAUCUAGAGGACAACAAGGGUUAUUCCUGGAGCUCAUGCAAGCUUCUAGGGCUGACAAGAAAAUGCCCAAUAGUAACUCCCAAGUAAGUUCUACUGUAUCAAAAAGAAACUACCCUUGUUCUGAAUGUGGGAGGAGUUUUGAUCGCCGUUCCAACUUAAUUAAACAUCAACGAAUCCACACAGGAGAAAAGCCCUACCCUUGUACAGAGUGUGGGAAAUGCUUUGACCAGCAGUCCAAUCUAAACGUCCAUCUAAGGAUUCAUACUGGCGAAAAGCCAUAUGGCUGCCCUGAUUGCGGCAAAAGGUUUAGUAUCAAAUCACAUUUACAUGGACACUAUAGGAUACACACAGGGGAGAAGCCUUACGAAUGUGAAGACUGUGGGAAGAGCUUCCGUGUGAAAUCUUCCUUAAAUAAGCACCAGCGAACCCAUACAGGAGCGGCCAAGCUCUCCAAACCACCUGAGAUCAAAUCAGAGGGUCCCCGGGCAAUAUUGCCAGAAGUGACACGGGUUUAUGCAGCUCUCAAAUCAGAAAAAAUAAUUAAAAUUAUGAGUAGGAAGCCCCCUAUAGAAAUCACGGUGUCAAACAAGAAUUUUUCCUGUUCCGAGUGUGGGAAAGGAUUCGAUCGGCCUUCACAUCUCAUUACGCACCAGAGGAUCCACACCGGGGAAAAACCGUAUCCGUGCAUUCAGUGCGGGAAACGUUUUCACCAGCAGUCUAACCUGAAUGUCCAUUUGCGUCUCCACACUGGGGAGAAACCUUAUGGCUGUCCUGAAUGCGGCAAAAGAUUCAACAUCAAAUCCCAUCUACAUGGACACUACAGGAUCCACACAGGUGAGAAGCCAUUUGAGUGUGAAGACUGCGGGAAGAGCUUCCGGGUGAAAUCUUGCCUAAAUAAGCAUCAGCAAGUUCAUACAGGAGAAAAGCAAUAUAAAUGACUGAGGAAAAAAAAAACCCUGAAGUUCUAACCUAAUUAAACAUCAGGUCAUUCUGGAGAGAAAGAUUACAAUGCUCUGAACUUGGGGGGGGAAGCAACUUUUGCAACAGAUGAGACUUUAUCAAACAUGAAACAAUCCACGCAGGAGAAAAUCCUUCUGUUUUCCUUCUGCAAGAAAUAAGCACCUGAAAAUCUACAGUGUCUUUGUGGGUGCUUAAUCUGUGGGAAAAUGUUCAGGAUGGUAGUUCUAGCAGUGAUUGGAAAGGGGUGGAUUUGAACACACAACUGAGGCACUGAUCAUAGCAGCACAAAAACAGGCACUUAGUACAUGAUCCAUAGAAACGAGUCUACUAUCUAGGCAAAUGUAGAUUAUGAAGACGGGUCUCAGAGACAGCCCAACACAUAGUGUCUAGAUACAACACAUAAAUGCAGGCAGAAAGAACACACUCUGAACAGCCCAACAAGAAAACUGGCAUUGUGUACAGGAAUAUAUGUGCAGUGUAUGGGCCACAUCCAGAUGGGAGAUUCAACAGAAGGUCAUGAAAGAGAUUAGGACUAAGAUCCUGCGGGACUUCCAGAUUGAGACAGAUAGGCAGGUACUAGCCAAUCAACCAGACAUGAUAUUGGAAAAGGGUAGAAGACAGCAAUGGUGAUAGAGGUAUUGGUACCAAAUGACACCAAUAUGUGGGAGGAGCAGUAUAAGAAAUUAGAGAAGUUCCAGGGCCUGAAGAAGGAAGUAGAGGAGUUGUGGAAAGUCGAAAUGGUCUCAGUGGUGGGAGGAGUGCCUGUGGCUAUGACUGCUAAACUAGUAUAAUAGCUCCAACAGACCUCAGGAUCAAUGCCAGAGCUCUCUGUUCAAGAGUGUGCAGGGUUAGGAACAGCUAAGAUCCUACGCAGGCCUUUGGUAGAGGACCAGAGAUUGAAGGAAACACAUAUCACCAUAGGGGUGAAAAGGGAAAUAGCAAUAGAACGUAGACUUAUAUACUGCUUCAUAUAGUGCUUUUACAGCCCUCUCUAGGGAGUUUACAGAGUCAGC